AUGAAUAGAGAAGAAAAAUCUCUGCCUUUGUGUAACACAAUCUCUCUCUCUCUCUGGCUCUCCGCAGUCUGCGUGCUGUACACCCAAGGCAUUGGCAACAAAGAGUGGCGAGAGUUUGGACGAACGGAAGUCAUCGAUAACACUUUGAACCCAGAUUUUGUGCGAAAAUUCAUAUUGGACUACUUCUUUGAAGAAAGACAGAACUUAAAGUUUGAUCUGUAUGACGUUGACUCCAAGAGCACCAACCUUUCGAAACAUGAUUUUCUUGGUCAGGCCUGCUGUACAUUGGGUGAGGUGGUGGGAUCAUUGGGUGGCCGUAUGGAGAAGUCUCUUGGGGGGAUUCCAGGGAAGAAAUGUGGGACAAUUAUUGUAAAGGCAGAGGAGCUUAGCAACUGCAGGGAGUCUGUGAUGAUGCAAUUUUGUGGCAACAAACUGGACAAAAAGGACUUCUUUGGCAAAUCGGACCCCUUCUUAGUGUUUUAUCGCAGCAAUGAAGAUGGAACAUUCACCAUUUGCCAUAAGACAGAGGUGGUGAAGAACACGCUGAACCCUGUGUGGCAAGCCUUUAAAAUCCCGGUCAGAGCCCUGUGCAAUGGCGAUUAUGACAGGUAUGGAGAUAGCUUCGCUAGCUUAUUGCGUUUCAAUUGGUUGUGGGAAAUAUUUAGCCGUAAAGCAGUUUGAAUUUGAUGGUCUUUGCAUUCGAACCGUAAGUGACAUGCUCACACUUCACACAUCGGUUAAACCGUGAGUGUUGUGGUCAACCAGAAAUAGACGGACCAAUUGUCGUUGUUGUUAUUGUUGGCGGCGUCCUUUUUGGCAGCUACCGCCAAAAAUUUGAACAAAAAUGUAAUGCCCCCCGAAUAUUUCAUUUGUAUGAAUAUCUGAACUUGUAAUAAACACUGCCAAGGUCCAGAAAAGUAUGAAAGGCAUCGUCUGAAUAUCUGUAUUUUAUGAAUCGACGAGAAUACAUUUCGUGCACAAAGAUAAUCAAAAACGACAUUUACACACAGAAGAGACGAAUUGUUGAAAAAUGACGUUGCAUUUCAUUUUCUCUGCUUUAAAAAGAAGUAUUAUUGUCACUUUAUAACAUUACACUUGAACCAGUGAUGGUUGGGGUAUUCAUUUUGGUGUGCAGUAAUCCUUUAAAUAUCAAAAUCUGCAGAAAAUUAUAGGAAAUGACUAGGUUUUGAUACAUUCAUGUAUGCACAUGAUAUCACCAUUUUCACAAAUUUGCAUAUUUGCAGUAUUUUCGUAUAAAUGUACGACUUUUAAACCCAUUUUUAAAAACCAUUGUAAAAAAAAAACACAUAAUAAUAGUAUAAAUAUUUUUUAGUUAGUAUCAUAAAUGUCCCUUUGCUGGAAAAGGAUUGCAUACAUUAUUUAUUUACUGAUUUGAUUUAUUUUUGCAUUUGCCAGGCAUAAGAAAGCAUGCGUUACCAAUGAAAACGGUACACAGUACAGUGAAGAAACCUAGAAAAAUAAAUCUAUGUAUAGUACUACCUGCAUAUUGUGUAGGAAUAAAAUAAAAAAAUAUAAUAUAAAAUCAUAUUAAGACACAUGAGACGACGUGGUAGAGAAUCCCAACCGCUGCAUGGUAUCCCAGAAGCCUCCAUCACGAGUAGCUCGAACAGGACUCUUGCUGUGCGGCGAUAAAGCGGGAAGCUUCCUCGCGGCAGCGGCACUCACUGAUGAGCAUCGAUCGGUACCGCAGCGCACUCUCCCACACAAAAACCAAGGCUUUAUCUCUGAUUGAACAUGUGUGAAAGGAAAGAGAGAGACAGACGGACGGAUAGGAAGAGCGCCCGGCGCCCGGCGGAGUCUGGGAACCGAGAUAAGCCGGCGCGCACGCUCUAAUAAAGGAGCACGGAGCGUCUCGCCGACGAUAACACUGAGAACGGGUGCUAAGGGAUGCUGCGGGGAUCGGGCUGUUGUUAGCACGCGUUGCGUUAAAGCUCUGAGUAAUCGACAGAGCUGUUCUAUUUGAACCGGGUAAACCCACCACUCGCCUGUCACGCCACGGACAGCAGGAGUUGUAAUUAUUUCCUGUCAAGACGCACUAAUCCGGCCCUCCAACCCUAGUACGAGGAAAAAAAACUUUUAAUUUACCUUACUUAAAAAAAAUUGUAAAAAAAAGCUACAAGGCUAAACUGAUUUUGGAGGCAUUGCGGGGUAUUUCAAAUUUUUUCUGAAAAUCGGAAAACAUAUUUUGGACGUUAUAUCAACCGUAAACAGCCUCAUACAUGCCUCAAACAUGCGCCAUAUUGUGUUCAUCAAAUCAGCUUCCAGUUACAAAACAGAAAUUAUGAGUGAACUGCAUUGAGCAUCUGAAGAAAGAAAAAAGAUUUUUAUUAUAGCCCUCGACACCCGGUGUUCUUUCUUUGUUCUUCGAGGUUUGAAAAAAGAACAAAGAGGUUAAUUAGCGCAGCAUUUAAAGUAUUUUUCUGUCGUCAACAAACAAAGCCGUGCGCGUAUUCUUUUUUUUUUGGUGCGCCCGAUUAUUGCCAUGGAAACAAAACAUUUCUAAGUCGGGUGACAUGAACAGUUCUGUAGCGUCUCGGCGUCGUCGUCUCAUGAAUAUGGUAAUUCCGACAUGACGUGAACGCAGCUUUGGGCUAAUAAACGAUAUUGCUUUAGAACGGUUCGUUAGAAAUCGUUUCUAACGCAUGCCGUCAAUAUUACUGUUGCUCGGCGCAUGGAGUGUUUGUGCUGCGGAAUUAUUAAUGCAAUAUAGCGAUACAAAAACGCGUGCAUAAUGAUCGUGUGGCUCGUCAAGGAGAGUUCUACCGUCGCGUUUCAUUAGUUAUUAGAAUUCCAAUUGAGUUUAGCAGAAAACUGUCAACUACUGCAUCGUGCAACAUACAAGGUGUUUGAUAUUGUCUGGAGCUGUAUUCAAAAAUAAAUGUUUAAAGAAAUUCACGCAGGCAUAAUUUGAAAUUCUGCU